AUGAAUGGCGGUGGUGUGCAAACCUGGAAGUUGCCGCAGCAGCAGCAAUGCCAUCAUCUUCUUUGCUGGUGUAUUGGGGCACCUCAGGACGUUUACAGUUAUUGGUACCCAAAUGCCUUCCCAUUUGGCGAUGCAAUUUACAUAAUUGGUAGUGUUUUAGCGGAGACAGCCACCAAUGCGACCGUGCUAACAAUAACGGGAUUUACCGUUAAGCGCUACAUAGCGAUAAGUUAUCCCUUUCGUGAUCACCCUUCCGGAGUUCCAAGCGUUGUCGGUCCACAAUUUUGAACUCAUUUUACAAUAAUUCACUCAACGUAAAAUCGCG